UUAUCUUUUUUUUGAAUGAUUUAUAUUUUUUUUUUACAGGUAAAAGAAGAAAUGGCAAUAUUGGCAAGAGAUCAUGGCGUGAAUAGCUUCAAAUUUUUCAUGGCUUACAAAGAUUUGUUUAUGUUAAGAGAUAAGGAAUUAAUUGAAGCAUUUGCUUAUUGUAAAAGUUUAGGAGCAGUUGCAAUGGUCCACGCUGAAAAUGGUGAUAUUAUUGCCGAGAACACGAAAAAAUUAUUGGCUGCUGGAGUAACUGGACCGGAAGGUCACGAGAUGUCCCGUCCCGAAGAAGUCGAGGCUGAAGCAGUAAACAGAGCUUGCGUCAUAGCUAACCAGGUGAAUUGUCCCCUGUACGUGACAGCGGUGAUGAGCAAAUCGGCAGCAGAUGUGAUAUCUGCGAAAAAAUCCGAUGGUUACAUCAUUUAUGGAGAACCUUUAGCGAGUAGCAUCGGAAUCGAUGGUUCUGAUCAAUAUGGCAAAGAUAUCAUUAAAGCCAGAUGUAUUAUUACAAAUCCUCCUUUGAGACCGGAUCCAACAACUCCGGCCUACCUGAUUGAACAAUUAGCUCAAGACGGACUACAAGUAACCGGAAGUGAUCAUUGUACCUUUACAAGUGAGCAAAAGGCCCUUGGAAAGGACGACUUUACAAAAAUUCCAAAUGGAGUGAAUGGAGUUGAAGACCGAAUGUCUGUGGUUUGGGAGAAGGGUGUUCAUGCAGGAAUUAUGGAUCCCAUGCGAUUUGUUGCAGUGACAAGUACAAAUGCUGCGAAAAUCUUUAAUUUAUAUCCAAGGAAAGGAGUGAUUGCCAUUGGUUCCGAUGCUGAUAUCGUCGUCUGGGAUCCGAGCAGGAAGCGAACGAUUUCCGCCCAAUCUCACGUUCAAGCUGUUGACUUCAAUAUCUUUGAGGGUAUGGAAAUUAAUGGAGUACCAGAAUACGUGAUUGUCAAUGGACGUAUUUGUGUUGACGAUUGUAAUUUGAAGGCUGUUCAUGGCUAUGGAAAAUUUAUAGAUACUCCAGUCUAUCCAUCUUAUGUAUAUGACCUCGUCAAUGACAGAGAAAAACGAUUAAGAGGAAUUGCUCGAAGUGAAGCUGACGAGAAAAGAUACGCCGAAGAAGAUACAGCCAUUCAAAAAGCAAAAGAAACCGCGAGAGCGGCAGCUGCAGCGGCAAACGCUGCAAAAAUGAAUCAUACAAAUGGUAAUCACGAUUCACCAAGAUCAAAAUUAUCCACUAUCUCUUGUACACCAACAUUGCCAGAGUCUGCAGUUAUCACUCCAUCAGCUAAAGGACCACGAAUGGAAGGUCAAAGGAAUUUACAGGACACUACCUUCUCCAUCAGCGAAGAUACAGGUGAAGAUCGAAGAGCGUGUAUCCGGGUUAAUAAUCCUCCAGGAGGUCGCAGUGCCGGUGGUUUUUGGUAAUUUCGUGAAAAUUUGUAAAAAAAAAAACAAAAAAGAUGGUAUGUAAUAAUAUAUAUAUACAUCUAUAUCUCCUCCCAUUUACCUCACCCUUCCUCAACUUUUUUUUCACUUCGAAAAUUUAAUCCUUUUCGAAUCUUUUUAUUAGUAACUUUUGAAUUUUUCUACAGCUAGAAAAUUCUUUAAAAAAAAACAAAAAAAUGACAACUCUCUUUGUAAUCAAUUCUUUUUCCCAAAAAAAACAAUUUUUCUCUUUAAAACUCAUCCUUAUAAUCAUUCACGUCGACUUUGAAUCAUUUCAUAAUAUAAAAAAUUGUGCAAAUUUAAGUGAUCGCAGUAAAUAAUUAAUUUUUGAUUGCGAUAAUUUUUUUUUUUCGAAUAAUAAUGCAGAAGCAAUUUUUAUUUUUUAUUCUGAAAGUUUCAAGGUCUAAAUUAUAAUGGGCAUCUUAAGUUAUUUGUAUUUAAAAAUAAACGCUUAGAAUAUUAUUUAAUGAAACAUCAAAGUUAGAAAGAAAUUUUAAAAAAUGAGAAAAUUUCUCAAAAAUUUGUGUAAAGAAAGUUUUUUUUUUUUUGUGUAAUCUAUUAACAGCACAAAGUUGUAGUAGAUAUUUAGUAAAUAGCAGAUUGUAGAAUUAAUGUGGAUAUUUAUAAUCGUUAAUUGUUACGUUUACGUCGACUUGAUUAAAAUUAUUACUCUAAUUAAUUAUAAUAUUGCUAUAAUAAUAAUUAAAAAAAAUAUAUUGUGUUAUUUUCAGCGCAUGGUAUAAAUAGUACAGUUAUUCUUGAAGCUGGUGAAAAAAUUUAUAAAAAUUAAUUUAACUUUAAAUGAACAUUCAAAAAUUCGAAUUUCUAAACUAAAAUCGGUUUAAAUAAAAGAUAUUUUAAAAAAUAAACCGAACGGAAAUUAAAAGAAAAAUAGAAUUUGACGAAAAUUUUUUCUCCAGUUUUGUUCUUACUGUCGAUAAUUAUGAAAAAUAAUUAAAAUGUUUAUUAAACUUUAGAAAUAAUCGGCUCUAAAUAUAUUUGAAUUAGAGGAUUUAUUAUUUAAUAAGUUAAUUAAUUAAUAAAUUAAUUGAUAAAUAGAAAAGAUUAUUUCUUCUAAAAUAUACGAAUUGUUAAAACAAUACAUUUUAUUAUAGAUUGUGAAGCAAUUAUUAGACUGUAUAAUUGUACAUUUUAUAUUGAAUGUUUAAUUAUUGUUGACAAAGCUACGUGAUUAGUAUUCGCAAUUUAAAUAAAAUUGAAAAAUUUGCGAUUAUGCAUUAUCUUUUCAAAGAUAAAUGACAAGAAAAAAUAAUCAAACUUCUGCGCCUUAUUAUUGCAAGAAUUUAGUUUUGUAUUUAAUGACAAUUUUCAACGAACAAUUAAUAAUAAUCGAUGUUAAGUUUUAUAUAACGGAAUAAAUUUUUUUUUUUUACUUCACACAUUUAUGCCAUGCGUUGAAAUUGUUGCGAAUUUUAUUAAUUUUUGUGAUCACCAAAAAUAAUUAGAAGCACAUUACAAAAUUUAGUUUUUAAUUUAAUAAAAAUAAAUACAUUUUAUUAUUUAUUUAAUAAUUACGCAAAUUGGAUUUAAAUAAUUUUUUUAGAAUUUUUAUUGGUCAAUUUUUUUUUUUUUUAUUUUUGUUGCUGUUAAUUUUUUUUCAUUAUUGUUGAAUUCUAUUAAAAAAAAUAAUGAAUUUGACUUUAUUUUUGAAAAAUAGUUAACGAAAUAUUUGAUGUGCUCUCUAAUUAUUUAACUUUAAGAAAUUCGUAAUUUGAGGAAGGAAUGUAAAUGGAAAGAAAAUAAAGAGCUUGUUGCAAAUAUCGAAAUGGAAAGUCGCUUUACGCAUUUUGACUCUAAGAGCCAAAAAAAAACACGUUAUUAACAAUUAUUAAAAAAAUAUAUAUAUAUAUAUUCCAAAAAUUGUGACCAUAUCUUUCUCGAAACGAUUGAAGUAUUUAAAAUUCGAAGCCAAAAAAAUUUUGAUACGUAUUGCGAUUUUAUAAGAAUUUUCCAGCCAAAGAGAUCACUUCCUCUCAAUUUUCAGACCAAUAUUUGUAAUCUUAAAGUGUCUUAAAGUAGUUCGACUAAAAUUGAAAAAUUCAAUGUGUUCAUGUUUUCAAAUUUGAUAAUAAGAUAAUUUAUAAAAUAAACAUUGAAAAAUCUAGUUCAAUAAGAAAAGUUACAUUAUUUUAAAAAUUUUUCUUACAAAUUUUAAAGAUUCGAAGUUUCUUAUACAUGUUUGUAUACAAUAAUAAUAAUAAU